CCUCCUUCUGUAGUUUCUCUUUCUCUUCCUGGGCUCAAACUUUCGUUUCUUCUCCUUGGAGUCGGAAGUUCUGGAUUGGUGCGUUAAUUCUCCGUAUUUUGCCACCUUCGGGUUGGCUGCUGGUUGGCUGAGCAAUAUUGGGGACAGAGUUUGGAGGAUUUUUUUCAAGAAAAGCAUUGCUUUUGCUUGGGUUCCUUAGCAGGCGUGUCAGAAGUCAGGACAGGCAGACCCAGGAUCACAGCAAUUAUGGCUUCAGAAUUCAUGAUGAAUGUCAAGGAGGAGGUGACUUGUCCUAUCUGUCUGGACCUCAUGGUGGAACCUGUGAGUGCAGAUUGUGGUCACAGCUUCUGCCGAGCCUGCAUCACACUGAACUAUGAGUCGAGCAAAGAUGAAGAGGGUGAGUUCAUCUGCCCUGUGUGCCGAGUGAGUUACCUGUUUGGGGAUCUGAGGCCUAAUCGGCAUGUGGCCAACAUAGUGGAGAGGCUCAAGGAGUUCAAGUCCAGAUCAGGGGAGGAGCAGAAGGUGAAUGUCUGUGCAAAGCAUGGAGAGAAACUCCAGCUCUUCUGUGAGAAGGACAAGGUGGCCAUCUGCUGGCUUUGUGAGCGAUCUCAGGAUCACCGAGGACACCAAACUGCUCUCAUUGAAGAGGCGGCCCAUGAGUACAAGGGGAAGCUCCAGGUGGCUCUGCAAAAGCUGAUGUCAGACAAGAAAGAAUUAGAGAACUGGAAAGACGACCUUCAAAAGGAGAAAACUUCCUGGGAGAAUCAAAUACAGAAAGAUGUAGAAAAUGUUCAGACAGAAUUUAGAAGACUAGGAGACAUCCUGGACUCUGAAGAGAAGAAUGAGCUGCAGAAGCUGACACAAGAGAGGGAAGACAUUCUGAGCAUCCUGGCAGAGUCUGAAAGUAAGCAUGCCCAACAGAGCAAGUUGCUAGGAGACCUCAUCUCAGAUGUGGAGCAUCAGCUGCAGUGCUCAGCCAUGGAGAUGCUGCAGGGAGUGGAUGACAUCAUAAAAUGGAGUCAGGCCUUUUCACUGACGAAGCCCAAAGCCAUCCCCAAGAAACGAAGACGAGUGUUCCGAGCCCCUGAUCUACAAGGCAUGCUGCAAGUGCUUCAAGAACUCACAGAGGCCCAGCGCUACUGGGUUCAAGUGACGCUGGUUGAGAACAACAAUCCAAACACUGCCAUUUCUGCAGACAAAAGACAAAUAAGAUAUGAAGAAGAAACAAGAAAUUUUGCAUCUGGGUGUGAGAACUCUCAUGAUGGUGCCCUGGGCUACCCAUCUAUCCAAUCAGGAAAGCAUUAUUGGGAAGUAGAUGUGUCUGGAAAAGGUGCCUGGGUUCUGGGAUUAAGUGAUGGAAGCUACCUCUUCAAUCCGAUAUUUCAUUCAAAUGCUGAAAGUCACCUAAAUCCCUUAAUUCGUUUGGGUCUUAGCAAUAAUUCACAUUAUCAACCUAAAUAUGGCUUCUGGGUUAUAGGGCUGUGGAACAAGUGCGUGUAUAAUGCUUUUGAGGAGUGUGCCUUCACAGGCAAGCCCAAUGUCUUGACCCUCUCGCUGAUGGUUCCUCCCUGUCGAGUGGGCGUUUUCCUCGACCAUGCAGCCGGCACUCUCUCGUUUUACAAUAUUUCCCACCAUGGGACUCUCAUCUACAGAUUCUGUGCAAAUUCCUUUCCUGAUAAUGUUUUUCCAUAUUUUAAUCCUAGGGGAUGUUCAGUGCCCAUGACAGUAUGCUGGUCAGACUCGUAAAACUUCAUCUGUUUCUGUGGAGGGCCUUUGGCUCUGGUGUGUAUCUUAUUCACCCGACCUCAUGGGCACCAUUUUACCCAUAAAUAUAUAUGGAGAUAAUUUGCUGUCUCUAGCCUUCCUGUGUGAACAUCUUUCACUAGUAAAUAAAAUAUAUUCAUUUCUUUGGGCCAUAUUCUCAGUUCCUUGGUAUUUUAGGUAAGAAUAGUAAAUCAUUCACCAUAUAUUCAAGGACAAAUAUUUGAGUUUUCUCUAUGGAAGAUAAAACUGCUGCCAAAUUCUUCUUUUAUUCUCCAGUCCAGAGACGGAACCCAAGGCCUCAUGCGUACUGAGAAGGGCUCCACGACUAACGCGCUUGCCUCAGUUCCCCUCAUGUCUCUGUACCUCAUUCUACUCCUCAGUGAAAGGAAAAGAAAGGAAGUUCUUCAACAACUUGUCUACUAGUUUUGAGAAUUAUACGUAGGAGUCGAUGGUUAAGAAAUGUACCCUUAGCAAGCAGGCCAUUUUUACCACGAUUCUUCUUCAUCAAGGAACUAAGGAGAAAACAUCACAGAUGAUAUGCAGAGAGUCGGCCGUGCGUGCGCUCCCCUAGGCAACAUGUCUACCCAAAGGGGAACGAUACAGAGAAGAUUAAUAUGGCCCUGCUGAAGGAUGACACACACAUUCACGAAGUGCUCCUUUUUUGUUUUGUAUUUUUGUAUUUUUGUGACAGGGUUAGGGUUAGCUAUGUGUAGCUCUGGCUGUCCUGGAACUCACUUUGUAGAUCAGGCUGGCCUUGAACUCACAGAGGUCUGCCUGCCUAUGCCUCUCAAGUGCUGGGAUUAAAGGCGUGCGCCACCACCUAGCACCUGGCACAUGUUCUAUAUUUUUGAAGAAUAUUAGUGUCCUAAAACAUCUUAGACAGACAGACACACACACACAGGCACGUGCAUGCACAUCCACACACUAGAGGGAGAGAGAGAGAGACAGACAGAUUGAGAGAGAGUAGACAAUGUGGCCAGAGUACCUGAGUUCAAUCCUCGUUCUAGCAUGCCAGCGGUCCUGGUGUGAAUAGCACACUUAACCGAUAUGCUUAUUCUGUUAUAAUUUUGCUGUAAAGAGUGCAGGUGCCUCAAGCCAAUGUAAGGAAAUGAGUAUGAAGCUGGCGAUACAGUUCAGUGGGUAAUAGCCCUUGUCACCAAGCCGAGACACCUGAGUUGCAUCCCCUGAACCCAUAUUCAUACAAUAUUCCCUCUGAAUUCACAUGCGCUGUGGCAUACAGAGACCUAGACACAUACAUCAACAUAAAAUGAGCAAAUGCAAUUUUUUAAUCAACUGAAGUUUCUCAGUUGGGUCUGUUAAUUCCCGUGAGCCGUACACUGUGUUUUAGUGUCCCAUGAAGCCAUGGGCAGGUGGGGAACAAAGACCGGCUUUCUACCAGUCUUAUUUCUAGUCCCUAGAUAAGUCCCUUGAUCACAUGACUCCAGGGCUCUCAAGGGUGUCCAUGCGUGUGUAUGCGUCUUCUUUCUCACUCUUGAGGGUGAUUUGGUACCUUAUUGAGGGCUGAACUCUGUGGCAUUCUGAUCUUUCAGUGUAUCGUAAACAUAGACAAUAGAGUAUUACUAGAGACUUGCCUUGUUUCAGCAGUCCAGUAUAGUGUCUUAUUCCACUGGGGAGGAGUGUCUUUAUCACUGUGACUAAAAGAAAUUAUUAAGAUUCUGUACCAGAUCUUCCAUGGUAGCUCAUUUGUGCUAUCCCUGUAUCUGGGAGGUUGUGGCAGGAAAAUUGCUGUGUAUUUUAAGUCUCGUAUACAGAGCGAGACUCCGUCAAAAACAAAAAUAAAGUGUAUAUAUUGGCUUACUUCAAAACCGUUACUCCACUUUGUUUUAAGAAAUGAAAUAACUAGAUUGCAAAAUCCUAGAUUUUUUUGUUCUCAUAAUUUGUAAAUGUUUCUGUUUGCUAAAAUUAAAAUUCUUAACUUCA